AUGCCUCUUCAUCCUCAUACCAAACGUGCAUUCCCCAUACCCAUUAUCUUCCACUUUUUUCAUUCCAAAAACACCCUUUUGCACUUGUUCAUCUUCUUGAUUAGUUUGUCAAUCGGUUUCGUUGCUGCUUUCUACCUUCGCGACUUGUUUGCCGCCAUUCAAACCGCCAUUUUUUCUGUUCUCCCUCCAUUUUUAUCAUCAACACCACCAUUUCUUGCUUUAACCCUACCACCACCACCACCAACUUCAACCAUACCAUGGCCACCAUUAUCAUUACCACAUGAAGAUACUCUAUCACCACCACCGGAAUCAUCAUCAGAACCACCGCCACCACCACCGGAAUCAUCAUCAGAACCACCGCCACCACCACCGGAAUCAUCAUCAGAACCACCGCCACCACCACCGGAAUCAUUAUCACAUGGAGAAACGCUAUCCCUGUCACCAUCUUCACAACCACCAUCAUCACCACCUCAAGAUACUCGAUCUUCACAACCAAUAUCAUCGCCACCGAUAGAGUCGGCCAUGGAUGUUUCAGUGAAAGAACAAAUACCCAUGAUGCACAAUGGAAGUGAUGAAGAUUUGGUAUCGAGGGUGAUGACAAUUUCGAUCACCAAUACCACUAAUGCCACUAAUGCCCCUUAUAAGGUGGCAUUCAUGUUCUUGACACCAGGACCAAUGCCACUUUUACCCUUGUGGGAAUUGUUCUUCAAAGGGCAUAAAGGUCUUUUCUCCAUCUACAUCCACCCUCAUCCGGAUUACAACGACACCAUCCCUCAAGAUUCUGUCUUCUAUGGCACAAGAAUUACGAGCCAGCCGUUGUAUUGGGGUGAUAUUUCAAUGGUAGAUGCCGAGAGACGACUGCUAGCCAACGCUCUCCUCGACCCUUUAAAUCAAAGAUUCGUGCUACUAUCUGAAUCGUGCAUUCCUUUAUUUCACUUCACCACAACCUACAAUUAUCUCAUUAACUCAAACUUGAGCUACAUAAGCUCUUUUGACGACAAAAGAAAAUCAGGGCGCGGUCGUUACAAUCCACAAAUGUCGCCCAACAUCACGAUCCAAGAUUGGCGAAAAGGGUCUCAGUGGUUUGAAAUUAAUCGUGAUCUUGCUGUUCGGAUUGUUGUUGAACAAAAAUAUUAUAGUAUUUUCAAAGAAUUUUGUCGUCCACCAUGUUACAACGACGAACACUAUUUACCAACGAUGGUGAACAUCUUAUAUGGGGAAAUGAACUCAAACCGCACCGUUACUCAUGUCGACUGGUCGAUCGUGGGCCCACAUCCGAGAAAAUUUGGGCCGGUUGAGAUUACGGAAGAGUUGUUGAAUUCGAUUCGAUUUGGAUCUACAGAAUGUGUUUAUAACAAUAGCACGACGCCAAUGUGUAUGCUCUUUGCUAGGAAGUUUACACCAGCUACUCUAAAGCCGUUGUUAACAUUUGCUUCUUUGUUGUUCGGUUUUUAA